GAAAUGUAGUUUCUGGCGGAGGGGCCGGGAUGGGGCCGAGAAGUCGCUGAGGCAGGUGCGCGGCGGGCAGGCCCGGAGAGGGCGGGUCUGUACGGGCCUCCAGCCGCCCGCCCUGACUGAGCCGAGGGAGGUCACCGCCCCAAGCUGCGGCCGCCGCCGCCAAUUCUGUGAGGUCUGAGCGCCGGGCUGCAGCCAUGGCCUACUGCCGGCAGGAAGGGAAGGAUAGAAUCAUAUUUGUCACCAAAGAAGACCACGAAACGCCAAGCAGUGCAGAGCUGGUGGCUGAUGACCCUAACGAUCCGUACGAGGAACAUGGAUUGAUACUGCCAAAUGGAGACAUUAACUGGAACUGCCCGUGCCUUGGGGGUAUGGCCAGUGGCCCCUGUGGGGAACAGUUCAAGUCAGCCUUUUCCUGCUUCCACUAUAGCACGGAGGAUGUCAAAGGCUCAGAUUGUGUAGACCAGUUCCGGGCCAUGCAGGAAUGCAUGCAGAAAUACCCAGACCUCUACCCCCAGGAGGAUGAGGAUGAAGAGGAGGAGAAGCCAGCAGAACGAGUGGAGGAAACGGCGCCCCCUGAGGCCGCUGCAACCAAAGAGGAGGAGGAGGGGUCAAGCUAAUGAAAGCACAGGGCACUGGGCUCCAGGCCUUCCUCCUCAGAGUGAUAUGGACCUUUUGCAAAAUGCCUUUCAGCCACCCCCCCAAGAAAGCGCUUUCCCUCUGUUGUUCUGUGCACUGUAAUGUACAAAGUAACUUAUUUUGAUAAUCAGGGGUCUUGGCCCCUUGACAGUAUACACUGAAGAAAAUGGGGGUUGUCUGUAAUGUGUGUCGUACAUAAACCUGUCAGCGAAUGUAGCUGCCACUUUUGAAUUCUCUUUUCUCAGAUUGCCCUGAAUUUUGCUUCUUUAAAAUAAUGUGCUGAAUAUUCUCAGCAGCCAAAAAUCAUUAUCCAGGAAUGUUUCUUGUGAGUGAGCUAAUUUAUUUUGAUUCAUUAUAUCACUCUUAGUAGAUUUUAUUCUCCUUUGGGAAAAUGAAGUAGAAGCAAACUCAUCUUCCUUUAAAUAUGCUGGAGUGGGGCCAUUCCUAAUAGAAGAGGCCAGAUGGUCAGAUACUUAUUUCUCAAAAACCAUCUUGACCUUGAGUUUAUGAGGGGUUACUGUGCUUCAUUCCUGAUAGAUUUUAGUUUCCUUUUGUGCAUUGAACUCCAGGUUUUUUACAUCUGGAAAGUAGAGAUUUGGACCCAAUGAUUUACAUUUCCUUCAAAGUGAAGGGAAAGGCUGGUUUUACUGUUCAUUGUUAUUUUGAAGGCCCUGGUUUGGCACCUGCGUUCACACUAGCUCUCAGUCUGGUCAAAUGCAGUGUUUUUGAGAGAUGGAGACUUAAUUAUUACCAGAGUAACAGCCAAGAGAGGAAACUGAAUUAAGUACCCAAUUAAAAG